AUGCAAUCAUUGUGGUCGAAUAGUUCAUUACCAAUUCCAUUUGUCAAGGAAAGCUAUUUACCAAUUGUUGGUCAUUUCAUACCUUUUCUACGUGAUAGAUCAAAAUUUCUAUUGAAAUGUCAACGCCUCUAUGGAUCACGAUUUGUCAUUCAGAUAUUUUCUCAACGCAUGAUAUUUCUUCUUGAUCCAUGCGAUUGGCCUGCUAUUAAUCGUAAUGUUAACUUAUCCUUACCAGCAAGAGAUAUAAGCACAAAGCUUUUUGGCUUAAGACCAGAAUUUAUAAAUGACAAAGAAACACAGGACGAAUUUCAUCGUUUCAAUAAACAAUAUCUUCAAAGUACUCAAUCAUUAGGUUCUCUUAUAUCACGAUUUGUGAAAUGUGUACGCGAGACAAUGAUGCAUGAUCGUGCAAACAUUGGUGUUCGUAGAUGGCAGGAAUGUGGACUACUUGAAUUGAGUCAUCAUAUGAUAUUUGAAGCAUCAGGUCGUACUCUAUUCGGUGACAUAAAUCCAUUGGUGCUUGAAAAGUCAUUUUCGAUCUUUGAUAAGAAUAUUCAUUACUUUGUGGCUUCACUACCUCAAUACAUACAGUCUUUGUUUCUGCGACGUGAAAUUCAUGCUCGGAAUCAGAUUGCUGCCUAUUUCGAUUCACAUCCACAUGCACCAAAUGAAAGUGAAUUUGUUCGACAUCGUGCAUCUCUUAUACUUGAAAAAGAUGAUCGAAAACCCAAUGAUUUAGGAAGGUUUCAAACAACGAUCUUCUGGGCAUCUGUUGCUAAUACAAUACCGGCUACGUUUUGGUCUUUAUUCUAUAUUCUUCAAGAUCGAAAUGCACUCGAAAAAAUCAAUGAAGAAAUUCGUACUCAUCUUCCUCCUUUUUCUCUAUCCGAUUGCAACGAUCCGAAUAUUAAUUUGUGGACAUAUGACGCAAUAGCUAAGUGUGUUUAUCUCGAAAGUGCUAUCAACGAAACACUACGUCUAAAAGGUGCACCCAUGGUCCACAAGAGCUGUACUCAAGACACCGUAAUUCAACUGGCUGAUGAUAGAGUAUUACCUAUUAAAAAAGAUGAUUCAGUUUUUCUUUUUCCAGAAGCAACCCAUUACAAUGAACACUAUUUUUCUGAACCAGACAGCUACAAAUUUGAUAGAUUCAUUGGCAAAACAACGGAUACAAUCAAAGGUUUGCUACCUUUUGGGACCGGAAAGACGAUGUGUCCAGGUCGCCAUUUUUCCAAAGGAGAAAUAAAAGUAUGUUUGGCACUAAUUCUUUAUCUUAUUGAAUAUGAAUUUAUUGAUGCAAAUGCAAAACCAAAUAUUCAGAAAAGUCGAAUUGGUUUUGGUAUAGCAAUACCUGAUCACGACGUGUCUAUUCGAUAUCGAUACAAACAGUAG